CCUAUAUUUAGCAUGACGACAGCACAAUUUCUCGGCAGUUCGCUAUACAGUGCAUUGGCCGGCUAUGGUGAAUCGGACAUGUGCCGAUAUAUUUCAUGCCCAUUUGGGCAGUUUUGUUGGAAUGGGAACUGUAUCAGUACUGGAGGAAUCGCCGGAGCACGUUUGUUACUGUUUGCUCAUUUAUUGACACCAAUUUUCAGUGGCUUGAGUGCACUGACGUCUGCUGCAGCAUUGUAUGGCGGUGUGGGAGGGUUAUAUGGUGGCGUAGGUGCGGGUGUCGUUCCGCCGCCACUUGGAGUUGGAGCCUACGGUAAAAAUGUACCUGGUACAGUAGCUGGAACACAACCAUGCAGCUUGAUGCAACAAUGUUUCAACGGUCAGAUUUGUGUGAACGGAUUCUGCAGUCGAAGUAAUGUCGCCUAUAAGGGUAGCCAAACGGUACCCGCUGAAACAACCUGCCUUACGGGUGCCAUCUGCCCAAUCGGUCAAUAUUGUAUAGGUGGUGUAUGCGUUCAGAAUGCUAUGUCAACGACUUUUGCUUGUCAGAACGGCAUCGCUUGUCCACCGGGAAUGAAUUGCUAUCUGGGACGAUGUAUAGCUAAUGGACUACCGAUGGGUCCAAUGCCACCCGCUUUGCCUCCUGUAGGAAAAUAG